UCUCCUCUUUCCUUCAUUUCCACCUCUACUUUCUUCUCCCCAAAGAGGGGGAAAACCAAGAAUCAUCUUCCUUUCUUCAUCAGAUGAAUUGAGAGAGAUGGGAAGCAACAAAGCAAUUGCACCACCACCACCAACCUCAGAAUGUUGUAUGUGCGGUGACUACGGUCUGUCUGACGAGCUCUUUCGAUGUACAAUCUGCCUAUCUAGAUCGCAACACCGAUAUUGCAGUGAUCUCUAUCCAAAAGCAGAGUCGUAUCGAUUGUGCAACUGGUGCUUGAAAGAAGAAGGUCGAAAGGCAAUGAAAGAAUCAGCGACAUGCAGUAAUAACAGUAGCAAUAGCUAUAAGAAUAGCAGCAGUAGUAAUGAGACAGGCAUGAAAUUGCAAAGGAGCUCCUUCUCAUUGCAUGUAAACAGCCCCAUCAAGAAGCAGAGAUCUCCAGACCGGUCUCUGCAAAAAAAGAACCUAACAGGUUGCACAGAGGAGUCAUUUAGACGGACGAGAUCGGAAGAUAUAUCCAACGUGAGGACGAGAUCAAAGCAAGUAUUUAGAGGUAAGGUUCGACGGUAUAAGCUCUUGGAGGAAGUUUCUAGCUAAGGUGAGUUGGGUUACAAGGUUAUACACUGUAUGAAGGUGUAUAUGCUUUUGUUAUGCUAGGGUUUUGUAUUAUGGGUUCCAAAGAUAAUGUAUACGCUUCUUCGAUACAAACAAAAUUAUUCUCCUCGUCCAAUGCCAUUUUCUUGAA